CAAGCAUCUUGAGCUUGCAUGUUUUAAGAUUCACUGAUACAUGCUGACCAGGUGUAGACGUGUUCAUAGAAAGGAUAUAUCAGUGAGGUCUUGCUCAACACAUCAGGAAGGUCUCUCAAUGUGUAUUCCUGCUGCCUCCGAUUGGCUCUGGGUGUCUGCCAGCUCAGCAGAACACAUGGUCAACCAACAAACAGAAAAGAGCCAGGCACUUGCCGUCAACCCUUUGUAUGCCAUGCAUCUAAGGGUCAUUGCUAGGUGAAUUGAAAUCUUCAUCCUCACUUGCCAUACACCCUCUUCUCUUGUUCCCUCUGUUUACACGAAUGGAACAGCGGGGUAGCUGUUUUGGCCAACCCUUGGUCAAAAGAAACUCCCUUAUCUUUCUUUCAGCCUAAGGCUGCUUUGAUUACCCUUCACUUCAGUCAUUCCGAAGAAAUUAUCAACUGGCCUUUCCAUCCAGUACAGUGGUCACAGAUUUGCGAUGCAAGUUUAGAUUGCAAGGUGAUAUCAAAGAACCAGCUUUUUUCUACCAAGCUGAACUCCCCUAAAAACUCUACUUCCAUUCAUUGCUGUCUUGCCAAUUCUUCAAACCAUAGGGCUUGUUAAACGGGAACCUCAGAUUGCAAAAUGGAGGAGCCGCAGAGGAUAAACGAUGAACCCAACGACUCCGUUGUGCCCGAUCCAGCUGGACCGUCCGAGCCUGCAGAAUCAGACAGCGAAGAUGAACAUACCCAUCCAAACAACGCCGACGAACCCAGUAUUCGCCGGAAGCAAAACUUGCGAUUCAAGGAGCUAUUAUCAGCGCGGGCAGAAGAAAUCACGGCAGAAGAUAUCAAGGAAGUAAUCAAAGCGACGAAGGACGAUGAAUUGUCUAUGUCGAAUCUCCUUGCAAAGCAAGACUUUGCCUCCGUGAUACAUGAUCCACGAGAGUAUCAGGUAGAAUUGUUCGAAAAGGCAAAGAAGGACAAUAUCAUUGCUGUCCUAGAUACCGGCUCUGGGAAGACGUUGAUAGCAGUGUUGCUUCUUAAGCACAUAAUUGAGCAAGAGCUGAUCGACCGAAGUGCUGAGAAACCUCAUCGAGUGUCUUUUUUUUUGGUCGAUAGUGUAACGCUUGUUUUCCAACAAGCUGCAGUGCUUCAGAAUAACAUCAAUCAAAGGGUCGAUAAAUUUUGCGGUGCCAUGGAAACGGACUUGUGGAAUGGAGAGACAUGGGAAAGACAUCUUGCUAAAAAUAUGGUCAUUGUUUGCACUGCUGAAGUGCUAUAUCAGUGUCUACUCCAUGCUUUUGUUAAAAUGGAAAACAUCAACUUGCUGAUCUUCGACGAAGCUCAUAAUGCAAAGAAAGAUCACCCCUAUGCAAGGAUUGUCAAGGACUUCUACUUGAAGGAUGGAAACGCUAAAAGGCCGAAAAUAUUUGGCAUGACAGCAUCACCCGUCGAUGCCAAAAUGGAUGUGGUAAAAGCUGCAAGAAACCUUGAGACACUGUUGAAUAGCCAAAUAGCGACGGCGUCCAAUCUUUCUCUCCUACGGCAGAGUGUUCCGCGACCUAACGAGGAGGUCUGGAGCUAUGAUCGACUUGAUCAACCAUUUGAAACGCGACUUUACAAAGAACUACGUUCCCGUUUUGGGGAUCUACGUGCACUCGAAAAGCUUUUCACAUUUUCUCUCAAGGCCUCGUCAAAUCUGGGGGCCUGGUGCGCCGAUUGGGUUUGGUCAUAUGCAUUGACCGAGGAAUCAUUGCCAAAGCUGGAAGGGCGUGCAGCUCGAACUGCCAUGGGCAAUCUACCAAUAGCUAAAAUUGUGAGACCCGAAGCCGAAAUCCAACGUAUUCGCGAAGCAAGUGAAAUAAUACGUUCCCAUAAAUUUGGAGAUCCUGCGGUUCGACCUGAACUUCUCAGCCCCAAAGUCCGGAGAUUGCAUCAUGAGCUCUUGAAAUAUUUUGAGAGACACACGGAUACCAAGUGCAUCGUUUUCACAGAGCAGCGACACACUGCCAGGAUUCUAUGCGAUCUUUUUUCUAGGAUUGGAACCAAGCAUCUUCGGCCAGGAGUAUUAAUAGGGGUGCGGUCAGAUGCCUCUGGCGGCAUGAAUAUAUCGUUCCGGCAGCAGGUUUUGGCAGUGGUUUCAUUUAGAAAAGGAGAGGUGAAUUGCUUGUUUGCAACUUCUGUUGCGGAGGAAGGCCUUGAUAUUCCGGACUGCAACCUUAUAGUCAGAUUUGACCUUGCGUCAACCCUUACUCAAUACAUCCAGAGUCGGGGGCGAGCAAGACACAUGAAUUCAACGUUUGCUCACUUGGUGGAGCGAGAUAAUUUUGUUCACAGAGAAAGUGUGAAUCAUCUUCAAUCUUCAGAAGAAAUUAUGAAGCGGUUCUGUAUCUCUCUCCCAAAGGAUCGCAUUCUAAAUUCCGAUGAUGUAGACGCACUCUACGAGAGUGAUCGAAAUCGGAAAUCCUACACUGUCCAAACUACUGGAGCAAAGUUAACUUACAGUUCUUCCCUGGUUGUUCUAGCCCAUUUUGCUAACUCCCUGCAAUACGAAAAGGAGACCUCAACAGUAGUGAGCUAUUACCACCGGUUCACAAAAAACGCGUUUGUCUGUGAGGUUGUCCUUCCAGAGAAAUCACCAAUACGUGGUAUAGUUGGGAAACCCGCCUCGAAGAAACUAAUUGCCAAACAAUCUGCCGCUUUUGAAACAUGCUUGUUGCUCCGAAAGCACGGGCUCCUUGACGAUCAUUUUGUGUCCACAUACCAUAAACGCUUACCGGCCAUGAGAAAUGCGCGCCUGGCAAUCUCCUCUAAGAAAAGCAAUCAAUAUGAUAUGAAGGUUAAACCAAAAUUGUGGGAAACUUCUCGUGGAAUCAUACCUACCUCCCUCAAUAUCGUGGUUCUUGGUUUUCGCCCGCGAAGACUCUUGCACAGGGAGUAUCAUCCACUGGUUCUCUUAACUCGAGAGAAAUUGCCACAUUUUCCAGAAUUUCCAUUAUAUCUGGAGGAUGAUAUUGAGUGCGACGUUAUUUGCAGCUCAAUAAGCUCUGGUUUCCAAGUAUCGAGCCAUGACCUGGAGGUCCUUACUACCUUUACGCUUCGGAUAUUUCAGGAUAUAUUUCAUAAGGUCUAUGAUCGAGAUGUAGGAAUGAUGACGUAUUGGCUUGCGCCUUUGAAUCUAAGCUGCGAUAUCUCCUCUUCGGCAUCACGCGAUCUUCUGGACUGGGGGAUUCUUCAGUUUGUUUUUGAUAACCCGGAGAUUCCCUGGUCCUCAAGUAACUCGGCGGCAUUCUUUGCCAAUCGAUUUGUUUAUGACAGAUGGGAUGGCAGGUACCGCUACUUCACACACGGAAUUGAUCCAAGUCUUCGACCCUCGGACCCUCCGCCCUCUUCAAUGGCACGGCGACGACAUAUGGGCAAUAUAAUGGACUACUGUCUUAGUCUGUUUAAAAAUGCCAGAAAGAAGUUCCUGGAAAAUUGCGACUGGACCCAACCCGUUAUUAAGGCGGAGAUAAUUCAGUUACGCAGAAAUCUUUUGGAUAAGCGGACUAACAAGGAAAAAAUAAAAGAAGGAGACUAUUAUAUUUGUCUUGAGCCUCUAACGAUUUCGGCGAUACCAGCUUCAGUUGCCGCCUUUGCUUUCGCAUUUCCGGCGAUAAUCAGUCGUAUUGAAUCGUAUCUUAUUGCUUUAGAAGCUUGCCAGGAAUUGGAUCUACCCAUUUCUCCGGAGCUCGCACUUGAGGCUUUGACUAAGGACUCAGAUAACACCGAUGAACAUCGAGCCCAACAGAUUCAUUUUCAGAGGGGAAUGGGCAAAAACUACGAACGAUUAGAAUUUCUUGGUGAUUGCUUUUUGAAAAUGGCAACUUCGAUCUCGUUAUUUGCAAUGAAUCCAGAUAACGACGAGUAUGAUUUUCACGUCAAGCGAAUGUGUUUGGUCUGUAACCAGAACCUUUUCAAAACUGCAGUACGGUUCAAGCUUUAUGCAUUUAUACGAAGUCAAAGUUUCUCCAGGAGAGGUUGGUAUCCAGGAGGCCUGACCUUGCUGCAGGGUAAAGGGCAGAGUAAAGGUGCUACCGAGAAUAAGCAUGCCCUUGCAGAUAAAACUAUUGCCGACGUUUGUGAAGCUCUGAUUGGGGCAUGCUGCCUGUUAGCCAGCAAGAAUCACCGCUUUGACAUCGCAGUUAAAGCGGUGACUGCUCUCGUCAGUAGCGAUGAUCAUAACGUUUUGAAUUGGGAGCAAUACUCUCGGCUCUACUCAAUUCCUAAGUAUCAAACAGCUGUCGUGGAUGCCGCAGAACUUGACUUAGCAGCUCAAGUUAAAAAGAAAUUGGGUUACGAUUUUAAAUAUCCAAAGCUCCUACGGUCUGCCUUUACGCACCCUUCAUACCCUAGUGCGUGGGCGAGAGUUCCCUGUUAUCAAAGGUUGGAAUUCCUCGGUGACGCCUUGCUUGAUAUGGCCUGUGUCGAGCACAUUUAUCAUAAACAUCCAGAUAAAGAUCCUCAAUGGCUCACAGAGCAUAAAAUGGCGAUGGUGUCAAACAAGUUUCUUGGCUCUGUUGCAGUGAGACUUGGACUCCAUUCUCAUCUCAACCACUUUUCCACCUCGCUUCAGUCGCAAAUUACCAAUUAUGUGGAGGAAAUUGAAGCAGCAGAGCUAGAAAGUGGUGACCCCCCUGAUGCGUGGACAUUGACGAGCGACCCGCCGAAGUGCCUUCCAGACAUGGUAGAAGCGUAUAUUGGCGCAAUAUUUAUUGACUCAGGCUUCAGCUUUGAGGUAGUCGAGGAAUUCUUCCAGAAAUUCCUCAAGAAGCAUUUCGAAGACAUGACCAUUUACGACACCUACGCAAACAAACACCCAACGACGUAUCUACAUAACAGGCUGGCCAUCGACUUUGGCUGUUCAAAUUACUGCUUGAAAGCUGGCGAAGUGCCAUAUGUUGAUGGGCCAGGCACGCGGGUGCUUGCAGCUGUUAUCGUGCAUGAUGAAGUAGUGGCUGAGGGCGUAGCCUCUUCGUCUCGUUAUGCUAAGCUGAAGGCGAGCGAGGCAGCUCUUUCGAAACUUGAGGGCUUGCCGCCAUUCAGAUUCCGGGAGAUAUAUGGAUGUAAUUGCCAGGCAGGUCAAAGCGAAGCUGGAAACGAAUAAAGGCUAUCCUACGGAGUAGUUAUUGAAUGGAAAUGAGCUUUUCCCUUUUC